AUGGCGGUCUUUGGUGAAGAUGGCAUUGAAAGAAUUCGUGUCAAGGUGGACAUUGUGUUAGAUGCUGAAAUUCACCAAGAUGCUAAAGGACUAGGAAAUACUAUAUUAGCAGAUAAAGAAGCAUCUAAUCAAGACAAGGCAAAAGCAAUAAUUUUAAUCCGUCAUCAUCUGCAUGAAGGAUUAAAAGUGGAAUAUCUUACUGUAAAAGACCCUAUUGAGUUGUGGAAAAAUUUGAAAGAACGAUUUGACCAUCAGAAAACUGUGAUACUUCCUAAAGCUCGUUAUGAUUGGAUGCACUUAAGGUUGCAAGAUUUUAAGACUAAGCAAUACCAUGAAAAAGGUUUUAAAAGGUAUUCUGAAUUGAUUUCAUGCCUUUUGGUGGCUGAACAAAAUAAUGAGCUAUUGAUGAAAAAUCAUGGAAUUCGUCCCACUGGUUCUGCACCAUUCCCUAAAGUGAAUGUAGCAGUACACAAUAAUUAUGAAAAUAGAAAAUAUAAAAGUCGCGGCCAUGGUCGUGGACGUAGUGGGGGACGUGGUCGAGGACGUAUUAGUAAUCGUUAUCAUGGUGGUCAUAACAAUGAUACUUCUAACCACCAGAAAAAGAAUAACAAUGAAAGACAAGAAAAAAAUGGUCAAAAUAAUCCUUCAAAGAUUGUUGAGAAUAUAUGCUACUGA